AUGUCUCUUCUGGCCAAGUACGGGCUGCCGGGGCUGGCGCAGCUGCGCAGCCGCGAGUCCUACGUGCUGGCCUACGACCCGCGCGGGCGCAGCGCGCUCUGGGUGCUGGAGCGCCUGGACGCUGACGGGCUGCAGGGCCCGGCCGCCCGCGGUGCCUGCGCCUUCCGCGAGGAUGAGGUGGUGCACGAGUACCACCGCGCCACCAACGCCGACUACCGCGGCAGCGGCUUCCAGCGCGGGCACCUGGCCGCCGCCGCCAACCACCGCCGCAGCCAGGCCGCCAUGCAGGACACCUUCUACCUCAGCAACGUUGCGCCUCAGGAUCCUCAUUUGAACCAAAAUGCCUGGAAUAACCUGGAAAAAUAUUGCCGGAGUUUAACCAAGUACAACAAGAACGUGUAUGUCUGCACUGGCCCUCUCUUCCUGCCCAAGAUGGAAGCGGAUGGGAAGAUGUAUGUCAAGUACCAGGUGAUUGGGAAGAACCAUGUGGCAGUCCCUACUCACUUCUUCAAAGUGCUCAUCUUAGAGAAGCUCAGCGGGGAGAUAGAGCUGCGCUCCUAUGUAAUGCCCAACAGUCCUGUGGAUGAGAAGAUCCCACUUGAACAUUUUCUGGUUCCUGUUGAGAGCAUUGAGCGGGCAUCAGGGCUGCUGUUUGUACCAAACAUCUUGAAAAGAACAAAUACCUUAAAAACCAUUACAGCUGGAAGCAAGAGCUGAAGGCAGCUAUGAAUCUUCUGUGAACCACUGUCUGCCGUUGGUCUGAGGUAGUACUGGAAAAGACUUAAUGUAACUAGCAGGCGUCUGUAUGAGUUUAUUCCCCCUUCCCAGGUAUUAAAAUGGUACUAGGAACUCAUCAGUGGCCCAGAAUAACUGAUCUGCUGUUUCCAGGUUCCAGCAAAAUUAAAAUGCUGAAGAUGAGCAUCUGUGCUUGCCCCUUAGAAAUGGCUCCUGGAGCAUUUCCAGUAAAACUGCAGGGCAAAAUCUGCCAAACACCCAGAUAUGUGGCUCCAUGGAAGUGUGUAAACAACUUGCCUGCAAAGCCCUCUAACUACUAACUCUUAAAAGAGGACGGUAGUGAGAAAUACUCCUGCUGAGCUCUGGGAUUUAAAUGUGAGAUGUACAAGGAGCCAUUCGUUACCUGGUAUUGAUUUGAUUUUUAUCUGUUUGGUUUUUUUCAUGUGGCUGGUUCAGUCCACUUCCAGGUGUUGUGAAUAAAACUUUUAAACUACAAAAUGUUUUACUUUGGGCAUUAUGUUUCCAAAUAAUUGUGGAUAGGGCUUUUUUUCCAACUGUCUUGCAGUCUGCUGUCUUUGCUAUGUUAAGGCUGCAGGUUUAGUAAACUCAGACUGCCCUUGUCAUAACUAGGUUAUCUGAGGCUCAUUGUUUCAAAGCUAUGGAGCCAAGUGCCACCAGGAAGGAUGAUGCUCUUCCAUCUUCAGGCAACUGUACCAUGUCCCAGCUCUUGGUGCUGGUGGAUAUCCAAAAGCUUCUGGCAUAAAAGCACUGCCUUCUAUAACAGCAGACUUCUGCAAUAAGGAUUAGAUUUUACCCUGAACAGCUCCUUUAAGGAUUUUCUAAGGGCUGAAUGGCUCCUCACAUCUCUUUUAAGGGA